AUGUGCUUGGGUGGCAAGACAAGCCACAUUAUCUGUCCCAGAGUGCAGCUUAGAGCAGGUAAACUUUGUGUACCGCCUCUGUACCUCUAUACCUCUGUACCUCUAUACCUCUAUACCUCUGUACCUCUAUACCUCUAUACCUCUAUACAUCUAUAUCUCUAUACCUCUGUACAUCUAUACCUCUAUACCUUUAUACCUCUAUACCUCUAUACCUCUGUACCUCUGUACCUCUAUACCUCUAUACCUCUGUACCUCUAUACCUCUAUACCUCUGUACCUCUGUACCUCUGUACCUCUAUACCUCUAUACCUCUGUACCUCUAUACCUCUGUACCUCUAUACCUCUAUACCUCUGUACCUCUAUACCUCUAUACCUCUAUACCUCUAUACCUCUAUACCUCUGUACCUCUAUACCUCUGUACCUCUGUACCUCUGUACCUCUAUACCUCUAUACCUCUAUACCUCUGUACCUCUAUACCUCUAUACCUCUGUACCUCUAUACCUCUAUACCUCUGUACCUCUAUACCUCUGUACCUCUGUACCUCUAUACCUCUAUACCUCUGUACCUCUAUACCUCUAUACCUCUAUACCUCUAUGACUCUAUACCUCUAUACCUCUGUACCUCUAUACCUCUAUACCUCUAUACCUCUGUACCUCUAUACCUCUGUACCUCUGUACCUCUAUACCUCUGUACCUCUGUACCUCUAUACCUCUUUACCUCUAUACCUCUAUACCUCUAUACCUCUGUACCUCUAUACCUCUGUACCUCUAUACCUCUAUACCUCUGUACCUCUAUACCUCUGUACCUCUGUACCUCUGUACCUCUGUACCUCUAUACCUCUAUAACUCUGUACCUCUAUACCUCUAUACCUCUGUACCUCUAUACCUCUGUACCUCUGUACCUCUAUACCUCUGUACCUCUGUACCUCUAUACCCCUGUACCUCUAUACCUCUAUACCUCUGUACCUCUAUACCUCUGUACCUCUAUACCUCUUUACCUCUGUACCUCUGUACCUCUGUACCUCUAUACCUCUAUACCUCUGUACCUCUAUACCUCUAUACCUCUGUACCUCUAUACCUCUGUACCUCUAUACCUCUAUAUCUCUAUACCUCUGUACCUCUAUACCUCUGUACCUCUGUACCUCUACGCUAACGCUGACGAUAACGCUGACGAUAACGCUGACGCUAACGCUGACGCUGACGCUAACGCUUACGCUAACGCUGUCACUAACGCUCGCACUAAAGCUGACACUGACGCUGAAGCUGACGCCUACUCUGAAGCUAACGCUUACGCUGACUGA